UUGAGCUUGUUGGUUACAUGUUAGCUUGCUUUUUAGUCGACGAAACCGGAAGUAUCAUAUACAAAAGUCUUUCAAAAUGAACGUUAAGCUUGUAGCCACGAAGUUACCGUUAAACUGUCGCUGUAAAUCAGUCUAUAAACCUCGACGACAGACUUUGAACUUGUUACAUGGCAGCACGUAACUAGUCAGCAGUCAGAGCCUGUCCUCUGCCAUAUCUGUUUGUUUUCAUUGCUGUCGAUAAAAACUGGCUCAACCCGUUGUGAAAUAUAUUUGGGCAGAAGCACAUCCAUUUUAUUAAUGAGCCAGCAUUAAAUCCCUGUCGCAAGAUGGAUGGAGAAGCAGGCCCACUGAGUGGUGGCAGACAGAGGGAAAAGAAAGGAUCCUACAAAGACUUAUUAAUGAACGUGGAGGAGCUGGCGGAACCAAAUUCGGAUUUUGAGGAAUGUAGCACCAAGAGGCCUUUCAAGGUGGACUCGGGGGCUGUGCUGGAACCAGAAGGCUCAGUCAACAAGAAAAUCCAUAUCUCAGUGGUAAAUGGUAAUGGUGGAGCUGAGCCUGAGCUAUAUGGAGAAGAGUCCUCUGGCUUCCUCCGUGAUUAUCCAGUCUGUGUGUCACGAGACAGAUGGGAUGCAAAAGAAGGGGAAGAGGAUAUCAGAGACAAGUUGUUGCAUUCAUCUUGCACAGCAGAGGGCAGCAUCGAUCAGGCAAGCUCCUUGUCAGACUACUGGGUGUAUUUAGAUAACCAGCACAACAAGGCAGACUGUCCUGUGUCCAGGACUCUCACCCCUCCUGCCACUCCAGUUACCCACAGGCCUCGUCCGUUCUUACCUUUUUCAAGUUCAGUGACUGCCAUUGCUUCUACAGUGACCUCUGUAGUUAAUCCCAUGAUGUCUAGCCCCAUGACUGACGCCUGUAGUCCCAUCAGUUCUAUGUGCAGUCCCACAAGUUCAGCCUGGGACACUCUCAGAUCCACAUCCAGGAGUCCUGGCUUCUCUGCCCGGGAUCCUGUCAGUGCUGCGGCUCACCUACACCUGCUGGGGGAAUCCUUGUCCCUGAUUGGCCACCAUCUUCAGGAGACAGAUAAAAUGAUCAGUAUGUCAAGUAGUCUGUCUCUGCUCUUGGACUCUCUGUUGUGCGCCCUGGCUCCUCUGAUCUGCCUCUCAGCACAGAUACCUGAGCUGAGGAGCUGCACUCAGCACACACUGGCCUCUGCUCUCGAAAACAUUGCCUAUGUGAUGCCCGGGUUGUGAGUGAUGAUGAAGACCACACCAGCAGCACCUUCUGUUAUGCUGAAAGACACUAUAGGUCAGUUUACACUUGGAAAAUAAGUUACAGUCUAUUUUGUUAAAAAAGAAUAUUUGUUUGCACUAUAAAAAUAUAUUUGUUUUAUCACAAAUAUACCAAUUUACUGUAAUAUGUUAUUUUCUUUCAUUGAUUGUUUGAUUUAAAGAUGUGUAAAGAUUGUAUUAUGUAACUUUUUUUGACCAGGUACCUCUUGACUUUGUCACUGGACACAUUAAAAGUGUCAAUUUCUGUUCUUCUGCUUUACAGUGGAGUUGAUCAGGCAUUACAUAGAUUUAUUACAUAGUCUCCUACAUGUUCUUACAUUUGUACUCAAAUAUAAAAGUUGAAGAAUCUACAAAUUUGCAGAAGUUCAUCUUAAAGAAUAAAACUGAAUCGAUAAUACAAUGAACAAUGAUAAAUGUGAUUGCAUAUGACUAGGUAUCACAGAAGCCUCAAAUCUAA